AUGGUGAGGGGAGAGCUGCGGCUGGGAAUCCACAUGGGUGAUGCAGAGGUCUGGUGCGUGGAUGAGGAGGAGCGUGGGGGGCGCAACGUCGAUGUGCUCCGCCUUCUCAGGGAGCCACGGAAGAAUCCGCUCAGUCCUGCUAUAGUGUCACCUGUGAAACGGAUGCAUCAUGCUGCUGUGCCCAGAGCUCAAAUUCUAUUAUUUUCAUAUAUUGUAAUUUGAAGGUCAAUUUUUAUUUUCCUAGUUGUUAAUGUCACUAUUGCCAUUACAUUUAAUGUUAUAUGGGAGUUAUGAUUUAUGAGUUAUAUUAGUAAAAAAACAAGAUACACAUUAUUAAGGGGGUUGGGGUGACACUGUGAGUUACCGCACCGGGUGACACUGACCCUAGUGAAGCCACUGGUACCCAGAUCACUUCAAUGAGCUGAAGUGGUCUGGGUGCCUACAAUGUCCCUUUAAGGGGUUAAUAAUGCUUGUGUGUGAACAGUCAAACAAACCUUUCAGAGCAAUCGUUCUACAUUUUAGCCUGACUGUAUGUAAUUUAGUGUAAUUCGAAGCAUACUAUUCAGAAAUAGCUCCUUACGUUUAAUGACUGCAUUAAUUCAUUAUCAAAUGAUCUCCAGUGAAGUUUUUAAAUGCAUAUUAGAGUUCCACACCGUCAAUAUUUUGCCAUCAUCUUUAUUAUGCAAAUUAGAAUAAAUGAUGAAACCCUAUUAGCAGCUUCAUACUAACAGCUAGCACACUAAUGGAGAAAGCAGUUGCUAAAUAAUGACGUAAUUAGCAGGAUUCAUUCUAACUAUGGGCUGUGUAUUAAACUACACACAUCUCAAUAAAUAUAAAUAUAUGAAUAAAUAUAUAGGCACUGUUGGACACUCACACAAGCAGUUAUUUAACCCUAAUCCUAAAUGAGCGAAUUUCACAAUUAGAAUUAUUUAUCUGUCACGAUUAAUGUUAAUUUUUAAAACCCAUAUAUUAGUUACUUCCCAGUUGUAAAAUUAUUUCUUUAACAGCAGUAGUUAAAUUAAAAAUAGAAUAAUUGUAUACCUGUUUAAAAAUAUAAAUGUAUAUGUAUAACAGUUUACAAUAUAUACCCAAAUCUUGCUUCUCACGAGCAAUGAGAUUGCUUUGCCUCCUUUAGGGCCCUGAUCCUAAUUGAUUUUUGACAAACUAUUCCUAAUCUCAUUCCUUGUAUGUGGACCUGCUGCCUUCUUUUUGUGAACUGUUUGUCCUUCUGUCUUCUAUAACAUUUAUUUUAUGCACAGUAACCAACUGAAACUUAUAUACAAGUCGUCCUCACUUUAUGACCUUCCUGUUUGAUGACUGGUCGCACUUACAACCGGCUCUCUAGUGUGGGUAUUCAAUGAAUUCCCCAUGUUAGAGAGCUAGAUUAUGUUUGUGGAAUUGUUCCCCGAACAUAGAUUUCAGAGAUUCCCUGUGCUAGUGAGCUAAUCUAUAUUCGAGAACGUUUCCCCAAACAUAGAUGUGCGGGAUUCCCUGCCUUAGUGAACUGGUCCAUGUAUUCCGUAGACCUGUUCUCUUGUGCAUGCUCAUAGCUCAUCCUCACUUACUGACCAAUUUGUUUUAUAACCGAGUUGUAAGAACGGAACCCGUUCGGUAAGUGAAGAGUGCCUGUAAUAUAGCGAAUACGUCCUGUAGUACCUUGUAUCUAAUUAUACAUAAUUCCAUAUGUUUCUCUAAACCGAAUGAAUAAAGAACGUGAAUUAUUUUAAAUUUCCACAGAUUAUCCAACAAUUGCCCCUCCAACAUCUGCUCCUUGCAACGUAGAAUGUGAAAAUGAAGGUGUUUGCAAUAACAACAACUGCAUUUGUCCAGAUAAGUGGACAGGGGAAUUUUGCACUAUACGUAAGUAAAAUGAGCUUGCUGUUUUUUUUUGUUGUUGUUUUUUUUCACUGAAGGCUUAUCUGGGUUGCAGACUUAAUGGUCCAUUUAUUCAGUAAAGACAACUGCAGGCUCACCUACUCAAUGUAUACAUUAUCCAACAUUGCAUUUGCCCUCCGUGAAUAAUAGUGAGAUCUUGGCACCCCAUCAAUGAUUUUCUGGAAAUCUUUAUUACUGGCGGGUGUGGAAUAAUGUUGAACAAACCUGCAGUAAUGGUGACCCUAAACAUAUCUCCUACAGAUCCUGACUUUCUCCUGGUAUAUAAGGAGGUCUGGGGGCAUCCACUAUUUUAAUAUAUUUAUUUAUUUACAUUAUUCCAAUUGGCCGCUUACAUGAACAAUGAGUCUAUUUAUUUAUUUCAAAGAGAAAUCAAAUCAAAAUACUUCCCAAAUAUAUCUCACUUUUCUUUUAUUCAAUUUAAUUUUCCCUUAGGCUGUUGAUACAAUUCUCAUAGCAAGUAUAUUUUUAAAGAGACCUACAAUUUUAUCCAAAUAAAUGUGGGACCAAACUUACAUAUGGAUUGCUGAGUGAGAUUUUUAUAUGGUUUACUAUUUUAUUACGUGAAUGACGUGUCUUUCAUUAGUUUGGGCAGUUUAUUUGUAAAAUGUCUGAAAUGGUUGUAGAAAAAAAUUAAACAGGGAGUAAAUAGAGUAUUACACUCGUAUGUAUGUACAUUUAAUUUCAAAACCUGACCUUGCUUGAUAUUAUGAAAUUGAUCCAAAAUCUGAGCAUGAAUGUUGAUCUCAUUAAUGGACAAAUAAGUAAUCCAAUGUGGUUGUCAGUAGCUUCGGCAAAGACAAAAUAGACAAAGAAGACAAAAGACAACCAGCUAUGAGAUUACUCAUGGAUGAUUCCAUUGAUGAUACUAAAAGUCUUCAGUCUCUUUUGCUGUGGUGAAAUAAUAAAGGAUAGAGAAAAGGGACAGGCACAACAUCAUCAAUAAGUAUGCUUCCUAAUAAGCAAUAGAUACACAUUUUUUCACAUUUUAUAUUUACAGCCAAUUUUUGCGGUAAUAGCACAGAGUGCAUCAUUGGAAGUGACGGAUCCCAGGAAUGCCUGACAUUUGAAGAAGUUUUGGUCGGCAGAUAUGUCUACUCAAAUGAGCAAUGUGAAUCCAGCACAGUAAGUGGUAAGUAUAUAUGGUGAUUGAGCCAUUUCUCACCAGUGUAGACUGCUAUUGUUUCUACCAAGAGGGCAGUCUGUGCCAUGGAUGUUGGAUGCCCAUGUCAUCAUCGAUAUGGUUAGUCGGUACCAUUAAUAGCUUUCCAUGCCAUAGAUUACUGCUGUCACUAUUGCAUACGUGAAGAGUCAUUGCCAUGGGUUGGUACAGUCAUUACUCUACAUCAGAUGAUAGGCAACGUUUGGCACUCUAGAUGUUGUGAACUACAUCUCCCCUAAUGCUUUGCCAGUACUAGGACUGUAAGAGCGUUAUGGGGGAUGUAGUACACAAAAUCUCGAGUGCGGAAGGUUGCCUACCCCUUCUCUAGAUAUUGGUUGCCAGUACUACAAAUGGGAUUUUGAACAUACUGUUUUGGUAGCACUGGCUAAUAAUUUUAUUGUCCAUCAAAUUGCCCUUCAAAGUAAAAAAAUUACUCUUCAAAGUAAAAAAAUAUUUGAUUAUUUUUCUCUCAUUUGUCAUCUGUGGUUUCACAAUAAGUUUGGAGAAAUUAGAGAAAUAAGUACUGAGAAGCCAUGCCCUAUAUAUUCUAUAUACAGUAUAUGCACCUCGUGUCAGACAGUGUUUGAAAAUGUAAUUCUUAGAGGAACUCCAUGUAUUAGUCAUUCAAAUGUACUAAUAUAUAAAGAUAUUUUUUAUUACUACUCCUGUUUCUCUCUCUUGGUUACUUUUUUCUCACUUGAUCCAUGAAUUAAAUGGUGGGAAAAUGCUCCUAUCAGUGUACUGCAAAAUAUUUACAUAUUAUAUACAUAUAUAUAUGUGUGUGUGUGUAUAUGUGUGUGUGUGUGAUCACACAGCAUCUCUCUAUCUAUCUCUUCGACUUUUGGUUUAUACAAUGUGUUACAUGUCACCUACUCUUGAUCAUAUUCACAGUUUGUGUGGACGUUUGUAGAACAAAUAAACUAGCAAAUUUGUAUUAAUUAUUUAUCUCUCUCUUUUUUAAGCAAAUACCUCAAAGGCUUUCCGUCAGUGUACACUGUCUGGGGGGAUUCCAGUCUUACAAAAUAUCUCUGUUCAGUUCUGCAAUGUAACUCUCCAAAGCUUGGCAAAUAUGGUAAACAUCUGUCUGUCUAUCAAUAUAUGGAACAAUUCCAAUGUACUCUCCUGUAUUGUAGAGACAUAUUUCUUAUAAUUAUCCACGAGACAGGGCUUUCCUGGCCUGAGCAAUGCACAGAAAGGGACAUUGUAAGAAUGUUAAUAUUAUUGUACUUAUUAUGGUUAUAUCACAUGCAUCUUACUCAAACCUCGAUCCAGUAAAAACUCAAUGCUAAAUGCUUUCAACACUUCCCCAAAUAGUUGGAUUAUCCCUGAAUUGGACUACUAUUCAGAGCCCCCAUUGAACACAUUUGGAACCCACUCAGGAAAAUUUGGGGAAUCUUGGAGAUACAUAAAUAGUGAUUUUUACAAUCUCAUUUUCCAGGGGACUUAACAUGCAACAUGCAUUUCAAAGUCAAUAAUUAAAGGGAGACUAUAAACAGCAAAACAACUUUAGCUACAGAGAGGUUUUGGUGUACAGAUCAUGCCCCUGCAGUCAAACAUCUAAUUUCUCUACAAUUUAGAACGUAAAUCUCUUUGUUUAUGCAGCCCCAACCACACGUCCCUGCAUGUUUUCUAUAUAAUCUUCCUACACAUUUCCUGUAAAGAGAUAUCUAAUGUUAACACUUGUUUUAUUGCACAGUCACAUUAAGAAAUGAUACAAUGUUCAGUAUGAGAUUUAUAAAGGUAUAUGUGAUUCACAUUAUGGGGUGUUUGAAGUAGAAAAAGUAUACAUUAUCUAUUAAAUAACCCUUUAAAUAAAAUAGUAUCUGGAUUUUUUAAGUACAUGUAUCUGUUUUUUAUUUUUUUAAAAGCUUCUAAUACAGUUAUCCUUCAGCCAGCAACUGAUACCUGUAACCCCUAUUUAUAGGCAGUGCUGUGGAUACCCCCUGUGUGUUGUCUUCAGGCCGUGACUAUGUACUACAUACAGAGCAUGUACUAUCUACCUAUUAACUGGCCUGCCCGUAGGUUUUCUACAUGACUGACCACUCAAUGGGAGCCUUUUUGUGUGGAAUUUAAGCUGAUCCUGCCUUUAACUAAUAAUAGAAUCAGAGUAUUUGUUUUUUUUGUUAUGUUAAACAAAAGCAUGUUUUUUUUAAAUCUUUUAUUAGACAGAUGUUACUGAAGAUGCAUCGAAGAUUGCUGCAAGUACUCAGAUUCUCACAUCUCAACCUGCAAAUCUAAAUGCAACAGAUAUUUCCAAUGCAAUGAUAAUUGUUAACCGAAUACUGAAUAAUACUGAGACACCUACUGUGGCCCCAGAUGUACGUUAAAACAUUUUGUUAUCUCUAGUUAUUUUUUGCACUUGCCACUAGAGCCAUUUGAUGAAGAUAUUUAAUAUAACGAUGCAGUCCACCGUUACGUAUUUUUAUAUAAAAUACUGGUUAUGAUUUUAAAAUUAACAUCUUACAUAUAUAAUACUGUAGGAAGAUAGACAGUUUGAUUGAUUUUAGAUGGUAUAUAGGUAGCUUGUUGUUUCACUAUUAUGCUAAUAUGAUAAUAUAUACUGUUUCAUAGAUUUACAUCUUGGUAUUUUUUAUGCAUAUUGGGAGAGUGUUUGGUGCACACACUGAGUUGAGCCCCUACCCAUUUCAAUACAAACAUGACACACAAUCUCAGCUCGUAAAAUCUCUGGGAGACCUGCAAUACAUUUGAUUUUGAUAGAUUUCAAUACAUUUGAGAAAGGAAAGUGCAGAGCCUCAAGUCAGUAUGAUGUCCUUUCAGGAUAAAAAAAAUUGUCAUUUCAGUAAGCGUAGAAGGCUUAGGGAUCUCCCUUCUACGUCUUUGUAAUCCAUUCUAUAGCCCAGAGGAUAGGAACUAGGUUAGUAUUGUCAUUACAUGUUACUUUGUUUAACAUCGUAUGGGUGAGGGCCCUAGGGGGAAUUUAAUUACAGUUUUAUUUUUCCAUCCAUCCCUCUACCCAGGGGAUGGGAGUAGGAAAUAGGUUUGAAGGUUUGCAGCCUUUCACCUGAUGCCUGUGAAGGUAGCUUUAUAUAUAUAUAUUUACACUUUAAAAAAAAAUUCUAUUACUUUUUACAUAACAGUGUAUAUGUAUAAUAAAUGGUGAUGAAUAAUAACUUAAACAUUAAUCUUAAUAUGAUAAAGACAGAACAGAAUCAAUAAUAAGAACACAAAAAGAAGAAAUUUGACUUUAUUCAUUUAACAAUAAAUUUGUUUUGAAGAGUAAUAGUCUUCCAUAACUAUCUGAGAGCAGCCACAUCUGUAAUAACAUCAUUUUAAAACACAGGUCAAACAAGUUCAACAUAUAAAAAUAAUAGAUAAGAAAAAUUUAUAAAACAAAAGUUUUAAAAAGCUGAAACAAACCCUUAUUAACUCAAGUAUAAUUAGUGCAAAGCUAAAAAUUACACUAAUAUUUUUCAAUAACAAAAAAUUCUUGACGUGGUGGCUUAAUCUGCUCCUAAUGCUAGGAAAAACACAGAUUCAGAAAAGUCUAAAACAAAGACAUUCAUAAACAUUGGAUUUCACAAAUAAUUCUCAAUGGAACUGCAUGCUGUAAAGACAUAAGUAUUGCCUUGGAAUCUUUCAAUAAAGAUCAAUACAUUUCACAUGUCUAUUUCACAGGUUGUAGUAUCUGCUGUUACCACUGUAAGCCAAAUUUUGAAUGCAAACACUGACGAAUAUGACAAUUCUGAUGUAACACAAAAUGCAGAAAGGUAUUUAUUUAUGUAUUUGUUUUUUGUUUGUUAGGUAAUACCAAACUGGACAUGCUCUUUAAGCAAUGUAUUUUCUCUUUUAUUUUUACAGCUUAACCAUGGCAAUGGAAAGUUUUGCUCAGAGCAACAGUACAAGUAACAUAGCAGUGGUACAACCAAAUGUUGCAGUUCAGAACACCCCAUUGCCUACAGGAAGCAGUGGUGGGGUACUAUUUACAUCAUUAAGAGGUACGGUACCCGAUCCGUAUUUUCCUUAGGGUAAAUUGGAGUCUUUUUUAAUGUUGGCACUAGUGGCUUAAGCCCUUAGCGAGAUCCCUGCAAUCUCUCAUCAAUGCUCUCAUCAAUGCUCCACUGAGACAUAACCUAUUUAGGGUCUGUCACAGUUAAUCCACACUAAUUAUUUUCUCUACAUAUUUUGAAAGGAUAAUUCUGCCAAUGCCACAUUCAGCUUUAUCAUGCUUUCCCAGCUCUGCCUGUGCAAAGUCCAUUUUAUCAUGUAUAAGGAAUUAUUAGUUGUUUCUUACAAAUUAAUUUGUAGCUGAAGGGAUUCCAAAAACAUUUGGGCCCUCUUGCCUGGGAAAGGACUUUUCUUCUUCAAUGGAUAUUUUGUUUAUUUCUGUAACUGCAAUAAAAUAAACAAGUUAACAGAUUAAUAAAACGUUAAUCUGAGCAUAAAUAUGAGCCAAUUGAAAAAAAUGUAAUGGCCAUUUUUUUUUAUUGGAUGUGACAAAGACUUGGGACUCUUGGUCCCAUGACUAUUAAGGGAGGAAAUUGUCACAUGCAACCAGGUGAUUGCAUGUUUUGACGCAGUCAUUUUGGGAAGAAGCUGUACACUAUGAAGGCCAUGUGCAUGGGAUAAAUGAAGAAUGUAUUUAUAGGGGGUAGGAGAAAAAACACCUAGGACCAUUAAACUGAACAGUCCCUGACCCUUCCUUAUGAUAGUUUGAUAUAUAGGUAUAUCUUAAAGCUUUGAGGCACCUUCAUCCAUCAAUAUAUAUUACUAAGGACCCAUUAUACCAGGAGAUAGGGACCCUGUUCGUUAAUUGCUAUGAGAUAUUCCCUGUCUUUUCCCCCUGUAUUGUUUUGUAUUCAUGUGUUUUACCUACUCCCCGUUCGGGAGGGCUCAAUGCGAAUGGGUUCCAUUCGCCUCCUGAAUGGGGACCACCAAGAAAACCUUAUUUUGGAUGUUGUCAUAGAACGUUCACACCUCAUAACGAGGUGUCGAAAUCACAAACCGCAAAGGAAGCCUUGGUGUGUGCCGACCCUGGAUGGUGGCCCAUUCGUUAGACGAACGCCAUCUAGGGGGAGCAUUUGUUGAUUGCUUCCCCCCCCCCGUUUGGUUCCCGGACAAGGACCUCGCCAGUGCCCCUCGGAGUGUUCACAUCAAUCAAUUAGAACAUUGGCAACUUGCAACAUUAGUGUGAAACUGCAAGGGAAGUAAUUUAGAGUGCUUCUCUGGGUGGCCGCCAUUUGUAUAGAUGAACAGCUGCCAGGGGGAGCAUUUGUGUCCCAAAAGGAGACACUUCCCUUGCCUGGUUUCACCCAGGGACCCCACGAGCAGAGGCAGUUACCGUUCUGGGGGUCUCUGAGAUUGGUGGGGACAUUCUUUUUGGGACAAUAGUUGUUUGGCGGGCUUACUGUGGCUGGGAGUCACAGAGACGGGAAGCUUUUCCGUGCUGUGACUCCCAGGUACAGAGGCUCGUGGGUUGAAAACCCCCUGGUCACCGGAGGUGGGAAAUCCUUAGGAUGGGUGGCAGGAACAGGGACAAAGGGACUGGAGUUCCGUUUCCGUCAGGAGACCCUGGGAGGGGACACUGAGUGGCGGGGACAGGGGACAAAGGGAUUGGGGUUUCAGUUCCGUUAUGUGUCCCCUGGGAGGAGGAGGAGCAUGGGAGGGGACAUUAUUUUUAUAUGUGAUCCACCCCUUGCAUGGGGAAAGUAUAAACCUGAGUGAGGCCAAUAAAGUUGUUGUUGUACCCCCAGAACUGUGUUUCAUCCAGUUACUUGGCUGGGAAAUGGGUCUCUCUGUACUAUAACAGAUUCCCUUCCAGGGACAAGACGUGGUUGAGCAAGGACAACCGGUCAAGUUAUCAGCAGGCCCACUACAACUGUAUUUGCUGUCCAGUAUAUUAACAUCUGCUUGCUCCCGGGUAAAGAAGACAGAUGGACUUAUUGUAACGUUAUUCUUUUCAGGUGGAUACGGUUACGAGUCCUCUGGUAAUGUGGACACCCAUUUUUCUCUCAUAACUUUUUAGGGUAGUUAAGAUACGCUUACCACCCUUAGGCAAAAAUGCCUCAUUAACACACACAAAUAUUGUUUUGUAUAAUUGGAAUAGAGGACAGCAUGAGUGGAACUGAGAGGCAUGGUCAAAAAGAAAAUACGUCCCAAAAUUUACUCAUAGCCACUUACCUCACACAUCAGCCCCAACAUGGAUGUGUUUAAAUUAAUGUGUCUUCAGAAAUCCAGUCUUGAUUUGUAGUGUUAGUAUUGAUAAUAAAAACAACUGAUUGAUUAUUUUUGAUUAGAGACAAUAAACUUAUAUGUAUACAUUUGCCUUUUCUGUAUUUCAUACAAAAUAUUGUGCUUCACAAAAACACAUUGUUUUUUUAUGUUUAGGUCUUGGUGAAGAUGAUAAUUUGGCAUCAAACAGAAUAAUAGUCAAAGAAAACGCAUCUGAACUGCUAAUUGACAAAAUGGCAGAAGUUCAAAUUUUUGUCAGUAGUCAAAGCGGUGAGUACAUAAAGCGAUACCUGCAUUUAUUUAAAUGUCUGUGUUGAAAUCGGCAGCAUGUAAACUAAAAUAGACAAGCUGUGAUUAAGUUAAGUGGAGAUUAUUAUGAGAUCAGCAAUAUUUUCCAAUAUUUGGUUACUUAUACAGAGUUUAAUGAAUAACCUUGAUAGGGUUAGUUGUACAAAGGAACCUACAAACUUACCCAGGAAGUUGUUGGCAACCAUAGGGUGAAUAUUACACUCGGGCGUUACUUGAAGUAAGAACUGGUUCAAUGUACAUUUAUUACAAAGAAAAACUACCACAACAAGAGGACAUAGUCUUAAAUUAGAAAACAUUACUAUAAAAACAUUCCCAGCAUGUAAUCUCUCUCUCUGAGCAGGAAUACUCUCUAUAUACGUACACAGACAGCAUGAAAAAAUGCAAAGAGUCUCCGUGCCACUUCUUCUGAUAACAUGUAACUUUCACAGAAAUGCUAAAUUAAUUUUAAUCCACGUUGCCUUAUUGACAUUGCCCUUUACUAUAGCAUUGGUUGUCACCUUACAGCAAGCAUGUAAAACUCAAAGGCUAGCACGGGCCACAUAAACAAGGUUUAAGUUUAUGUGGGCCACAAAAAAAACAAAACCUUAAAUUUUCAUAGAAAUGUAGGUUUGUUUUGAAAAGUACAGUAUAAAAAACAGCAUCCCCCUCUACUAAACCCCAGUCCACCCCUCUGUACUAAAUCUUAACCCCCCCCGUACUAAAUCCCAGUGCCCCCUCAGUACUAAUUCACAGUUCCCCCCUCUAUACUAAAUUCCAGUCCCCCUCUCUGUAUUAAAUCCCAGCUACCCCCUCUACUAAACCAGCCCUUGUUUUAAAAAAACCCAGAAACAAUAUUUGCCAACUAGCAGACUCCACUCACAUUGCCUCUGCCAGUAUGCAACCUCGGAGUCCAGCCUCUGGUAUACCCCCAAUGGCGCUGUCCUUAUCGUGUGCUAAAUAGAUCCUCCUGCUACUCCUUGAAAACCUGUGAAGGUGGAGCACGUUGACAUCAUGUCAGAAUGUGACAUGGCGUUGUGUGCCUCCAUGCACCUCCAGGUCCUCCGCUGUCCAGCCGCGGCCAUCGCAAUACUUACAGACACACUCUCUGACAGACACACGCACACUUUCUGACAGACAGACACACAAACUGACUGACAGACAGACACAGGCACUGACUGACAGACACACACGCACUGACAGACACACACUCUCUGACAGACACACACACACACACACAUUUACAAAUUCUUGCACACACUCUCGGGGGCUCAGUCUUCCUGCUCCCUCACGCGUGCAUUUUAUGGAUGCCGGGUGUCAGAAUGACGUCAUAUUCCAGCACCCGACAUCACUACAGAGGGCGCGCGCGAGGGAGCAGUGAGGAGCAGGAAGACUGAGCUCCCUCGCUGACGCCAGUGACCUCUCCUCCCCGGCCGGGUAAUUUUGGCAGAUUAGGCACCUGCAAUGUGAGGAGAGCAGGUGCCUACUCUGCUUUAGUAAGCUUGGCAAACUCGCCCUCGCUGGGCCGCAAAAAUAUUCAUUGUGGACCGCAUGCGGCCCAUGGGCCGCGAGUUUGACAUGCUUGCCUUACAGAUAAUCUAAUUUCUUUACCUGAAUGACUCACUCUGCAUAUCUUUGAGGGGCUAUAAAUACUAAUAAUUUUUUCUCCAAAAGUGGACCUGUGUGUAGGUAGACAUCAAUUUUGCAUUCUCGUAAUAUAUUGAUAAUAUUUUAUUUAAAGAAAUACAUUACUCACAUUGGUCUUGAUUUAAUAUGAUUUCCAAAUGAUUUAAUACCGUUUCCACAUGAUUUAUCUAAAAACAAUUCCCAUAGAUUUUAAUGGUGACUCCUUUAGAUAAAUCAUUCGGAAGGUUUUUCUAACAGUAUUACAUCAUUUGGAACACUUACUAAAUCAAGGCCCUUAUUAGAAUGUCAGCUGACAUCCAGUUAUACAUUUAAUGUUUUAAUUUAUUUAUUUUUUUUAAUGAAAAUAUGUUAGUUUAGGAUCAGGGACAGAUUUAACCUCUCUGCUUGCCCAAGGCCAGUUUCCUCAAUGCACACAUACCCUUCAUUUACACUGCGUAUGUGAUUAGCUGUGUGAAUAUGAGUAGUUUGUGUGUGCUGUGUUAAUGUAGUGUGAGUGUUGAGAGGCAAUGGGUGUGUGUCUGCAAAUGUAGGGGUGUCUGCACAUAUAUUUGUAGCAUCAGUGCUUGUGUGAGUGCUAGGGUGUGUAUGUUGAAGGCUAAUGUGUGUGUGCUUCUCUAAAUUUAGGGUUCGUACAUAUUUUACAUUUUAAUGAGUGUCGGUAAAUGUGGGGAUAUAUGCAAGUCUGUAAGGCUCUGGGGUAUUUUUCUUGAGAAAGUGUAUUUCUGGGGUAUUUUUGCUUGAUAAGCUGGAUUGCUGGGGAGGACACAUUACCUACCACUGCCUGGGCAGGCAGAGAGCAGAACAGGGCAGAAGAAAUAGCAGAGGGAAGGGCAGUAAGCAGAGCAGGGAGAAAGGCAAAGCAGAGCAGGGUAGAAGAAAGAACAGGGCUAUGGGAAGGACAAAGAGCAGAGGAGCAAGAAAGCAAAAAGGAGCUGGACAGAGGAAAGAGUAGGAUUAGGUAGAACCUUAAGGCAACCCUAGGCGGCCACCUAAGGAUCCGAGGGUUAGACAGAGGCUCCAGAACCAGGAAUUUCCUUGGCCCUAUUUACCAACCCCAUAUGACAAAUGAAGGGGGACAGCCGCCUAGAGAUUAAUCCUUUUCUGGGGGAGUGAGGGGUUAAAGAUAAUUUUUCCUACUACUUUUCAAGAAUGUAAAACAGUAGAAUUGAAAUUGUUUCAAAUAUUAUUUUUGAAUCUGCCAAAUAAUAAAGUAAUGUUUUCAUAUGGUGAUUUUUGUUGUUCUCUAACUGAAUAUAUUUCUACUCAAAUACAUUUCCCAUGAUUCUCAUAAUUCCCAUGUUCCAAAUAAGAUAAGUUAGAACAAGAAAUGACAACUUAGAUUCACAAACAAUAUUCUGAGAUGAGUUCAAACUGAAGUUAGUAUGAUCUUAUCAACCCAAUGUAACACCUCAUUCAUGAAACGUAGUCAUGGACGAAUCAUUACCAAAGUAAGAAGAUUUUGCUGAAGAGCUGAAAUUUUUAUUCAAAAUGGCAGUACUCAUGUUCAGACAGUUGACAUAAGCAGAUUUCCUGAAACCUGUUUGCUAAUUAACGUAGCACAAUAUAUUGUUAUAUCUGGAAUGAAUAUACUGCAGAGCUUUAAAAAAAAAAAAAUAGAAAUGUGUCAAAUUAUUUUUGGUGCUGAGUUUUUAUUUUUUUCCUCUAUAGAUUCUUAUAACAAAGGAACUGUUGGCUUUGUUCUAUAUCAGAAUGAUAAUUUCUUUCGUUCUAAAAAACAUACACCUAAAAUCAGUUUAAGAAAAAGAAUAAUUUCUGCCAGUCUUUCCAGUGGGACAUUGGGAAAUAUCCAAUUUAUAUUUAACCCACAGGUAAGUCUCGGCGAGUUCUAUAAAGAAAACAUUUAGCUCCUGAAGUUAAAAACAAAAAUCACAAAUAUUUCUAAUUAUUAAAUAUUAAAUAUUCAUGAAUAUUUUGCAGACUUAUUAAGUUUGUUGGUUUCAGAAAAAGUAGUAUAAAAGACAAACAUAAAUUUUGUAGCAUAAAGAAGAUGUGACACCUUAUUUGAAAUAAAUAUAAUGACAUGCCAUACGAUUGAGGAGACCUGGCCGCACCACUAUUUUUAAAUUUUUUUUUUUUUUUUUUAAGGACUAGGAACUGGGCAACCGUAGGUCCUAGUUUGGUGUAAUUUAAAGGAGCACUCAAGUCCACUAAAACAAUUCAGCAAGUCCCUGCAGGGUUAUUUUUUUAUCAAAGUGCUUCACCAGUUCCUUACUAAUACUGCACUCCACUUCAAUGCACAGAAGAAGAAGAGGGAGCUUAGUCAUCACAUUCCAUGACUAUUAAGAAUAUUGGGGACUCCAUUCACCCAGUUUUUUUCUCGAGGGCCAUUUGUGCAAGUCUUCUUUAAAGGAACAUUAUAUUGUUAGAAAUACAAACCUAUAUUCCUAACGCUAUAGUGCCCCUGUCAUUAGUUAGAUUUAGGGAAACCACAUUUGCUAUAAAAAUAAUUUUAAAAAGGAUUUUUUUACAAACCUUAUUCCAGUGCUGAGACUUCCUUGACACUGCUCUCCUCUAUGACUUUACACCCUUACCUCCACGUAACGUCAUUGAGAAUGCAUGGCUUCCUCCGGGGAAUAUCCAAUCCAAUGCUCCUCAUGAAUUCAAUGGUUUCCUAAGAGCUGCAACGGCACGUGACCACGUUUUACUCGGUUAGUGUAGCGGAAGUGCCUCUAGUGGCUGUCAGGAAGACCGUCACUAGAGGUGUGUCUAAAACUGUAUUGUAAGGAAUGCAGUUCUACAAAACUGCAAUAUUUUACAUUCCAGGGAUAAACUGUCGGGACCAUUGAUCUCAAGAUAGAGGGGCCUGGGUAACCUUAGUGGUCCUUUAUUUCCCACAGGUCCUCUCUUGUGGAUUUAUUUAUUGGUUGGAGGGGAGAUUCCAGAAUUUUUUUAUUUUCCUUUGACAUUGUUUCUACCUUGUGCUAUUAGGUGAGCAGGUUGUACUCGGCAAAUUUAAAAGUGACAUUGUGCUUCUGGCUCCCACUGACUUUGCCAGAGCAGAGACAUUAAUAAGCUUGUUAGUAAAAUAUAUAAUUUGUGUAAAAGAUAAAAAGAUAAUGUAAUGACCUAUAAAUUAUAAAAACUUUCAUUUGUUUAAAGACAAAUUUUACAUAUGCCCCAGAGAAUCUACCAUAUGCAAAUGAAGAAUUAUCAUGCAGGCAUGGCAAUUAAUGCAUUCAUUGAAUUGCUUGCAAUGGAUUAAUCUAAUAUAUAUUAAGGGAACGCUUGAAGCACAAUAACCACUGCAGCCCACUGUUUGUGUUCAUGCUGCUAGGAGUGCCUUGUUUCUAUCUUAUGAUAAGAUGUCAAACCUUGUUAGUAAGGUCUGACUACUUACCUGGGUCUUGCCCGAUGCUCAUGGCUUUAUCCCUGCAUCCUGUCUUCUCCAGUAUGUGCAUUAUCUUUGUAGGGUGAAGCACGGCUAGUACAGGACACUCACUGGCUUAGAGCACUCAGCUUAUACUCUCAGCCAAUAAGUAUGACCCUGCAUGGCGCUUGUAACGGAUCACCUAGCACCCCGACUGGGUACCUCCGUUGAAGGAUGCUCCUAGCGCUUCCUGAGGGUUUCCAGCACUCCAGCAGACACCAUAACCACAGUAGACUCCUUCAGAGAGCAAAAACAGGAACAAGCUCUUACAAGAGCUUAGCAGUGAAUCUAGCAAGAGAGUAUGUAGAGCAUAGCAAUCCCUUGUAGCAGGUUCCCCCAAUAAGAGAUGACACUCCAAAUUGAUGGUGAAGUAGAACUGACUGUACUGGCCCAUACAGCCUCUUUUAUUCACAUUCUACAAACAUAGUACUGCCCACAGGGUUUUGAAGAACAACCAAUAAACACGUACAAUACACUCAGACACUCCCACACAAAAUCCUCCCCUCUGCCUGUGAUACAAUUACCUUACACAAUGGGUUAAUAUAAUUAUCACAGGCAGGAAAAUACACAGUUUUACACAAUAUUCAUAACUGUAAAAGUAUGCAUCACAUUCACAUAAAAUGUGAAAUGAAUCAGCAUACUCCAAAUACCAGCAUACGUCAAAAUCAGACAAAUUGGUCCAGUGGGUCCAGUGGGUCAUUUGUGACCAAAUGAAGCAUGGCUUUUCUGCCCAAAACCAGUUCCACAGAGUCUUCUAUCCUGGACAUAAUUGGGAAGUAAUCCAAUUAUUCCCAAGGACAGAGGCAAAACUCCAUUAGCCCCAUGGUAGCAAAAUACAAUAAAAUACAUAAAAAUAUAUAACUGUGCAGCUAUUGCAUAAAACAGGUACAUUCAACAUAUCCCCAGCUUAGAUCUGAAAGUACAUUAUUACUAGAUGACGCUCAGAUCACAUACACACAGUUCAAUUGCCAUGGUGCCAAAGUCUUUCACAUAGUCUUUCGUUAUACGAAUGGGUUCCAUGGCAUAGCUAUCUGGGGUAACACUGCUCACAUAGGGAAAGUACCGAAUGACCCGGCUUUCAGGUCUUUGCAGGGGAAAAUCAAGCCUUUCAACAUUGGGCCAUAGUCACAGGGCAGGAGGCUUGCAAUCUGUCUUCUCCAAUGCCCAGUGGCGAGGCUGGUUCCGCCACAUCGCUGCUUUCCUCAACAAAGCACUUCCGGUUCUUCUACGGAAGAAGACCAGAUUAAUGGAUGCUGUUGCACGUACUUGGCCGAAUUCAAGUAAGUUGUCAAUCCAAACUUAAAUGAUUUGGGACAACAUUAGGGAACUCAUGGCAUCAUAACCGCUACAGCACACUGUACUGUUUAUAGAGCUUGGAGUGUUAUUUAAGUCACGGAUAUAUAUUUUGCUAACAUUAACAAUCUCAUAAUCCAGAAUUUCCUAAAAUUAGCAAGCAUCGGCCAUGAUAUCAAGUGUAGAUAAUAUAACUUUUAGUCUUCUUGCUUCCUCGCACUAUAAUUAAUUGUAAAUGAUCUUAUCUUUAAUAUCCUCCAAUUUUCCCCUGCUUGUAUUAUUAUUUAAGUAAAUGAAACAGUUUAAUAAUUCUGUGUUUUAUUUAUAUUUUAGCAUGACCCAUUGUACAUACUGCGAUCCUAUACAUGUGUUUUUUGGGAUUAUAAACUGAGCGACUGGAACACAAAAGGUUGUUCAAAUGUGGAGAACGAUAAGGGUCUCCUACAAUGCAGCUGCAAUCACACUACCAACUUUGCUGUUCUUAUGGUAAGUUGUAGCUGCAAUAAAAAAUUAAAGGGACACUCCAGGCCCCUCAAGCACUUUAGCUUGCUGAAUGCUUUAUGUGUGAGGAGUGUGCCUUCUUUUUUUUCAUUUUGGAAAUAGCACAGAUUUCUAUAGAAACUAACACUUUUAUAUAUUAUCCUGGUUUAAUUUCCCCUUAGCUUUUCAAGCGAGACAGCAUGUCCCGUUACUUCCUGGUUUGGUUAGCUUAUUUGCACUGAACUCAAGAGGCAUCAAUUGCCCAGGCACCUGCCUUGUAAAGACUUCUCAGUGAACUGCAUUGGGAAGUCUGUAAUUGAACUGCCACAUAAAGUGUGGACGGGGUUAAAAUCUUCUUUUUUUUAAAAGCUGUUUUAGAUAUCAAAAAAAUGUAUAAUUAAAUGUGUGCAAGUUUUCAUUUGGGGUAUAUCUACUAAACAGUUAUUUUUAUUUUGUUUUUAUUUGGGCAGUGGAGUGUCCCUUUAACUAGUAAUUAUUUUAAACUGCAUUUUUUAGUACCUCCUACCUCACAUUAGAGUGGUGAUUGGCGUGACUGUGUGUUCGAGACAUCUAGGUUCUAUGUUUUUGAAAUAAUGUAUGUAGAGAACAUCCGGAUAAGCAAUAUUUUAGGGCAGACCAGUAAAUCAAUAAAACAACAAUAUUUACUAAUGUCUUUACCCUUCCCCCUAUAUUCCCCUUGCAAAAGUGGUGAAGUCAGAAAUGAGAACUCCAAUUACGGCUAUAAAUACAAAGUUGUAUUUUCAUAUAAAAGUAUUCAAUGAAAACAAAGUAAGGAGCGCUGAUCUAAAAAAAAUGUAAAAUACCAUAUGAAAAAAGGUAACUAUAUAAGGGGACAUAGGAGAUAGUCCAAAUAUUGAACAUAUACCAAGGAAAUACAAACUAACAAAAUAGGAUAGAUUAAUGUAGUCAUAAAAUAAGUCCAUGCUACACUAUUUUUGUUCUUUUCUUUAUCCCUCUAAUGAGCUGCUAUUACUCUUUAAUAAUAAUAUGUUACAAUUUUUUUUGCUAUUUUUGUAGGAUAUUACUAGAUUAUUCAAACUAAUUGUGUUUUUGAGAUUACAUUCAAUUAUAUUGAACAGUGUAUUGGGAAUUAGCAUUUUGUUAACAUAAAGUAAUACUAACAAAUGCCUUCUUCUUGCUUUCAGAGCUUUAAAAAACACUCUCACUAUAAAGCUUUAGGAAUUGUGUCAACCGUUGGAUGUGCCCUUUCUAUUGCUGGAUUAGCCAUCACCAUUGUUUUUCAAAUAUUGCAAAGGUAAGAAGAGUCUUGCUAUAAAUGUAAUUCUCAAUUUAGGUUUCUAAAUUGUUUAUUGUUUAUAUUUCAAUACAAACACCACCCUAAAUGACAGAUACACCCUUAAAGGAAUACUCUCUAACAUCACGAUUACGCAAAUCGUUAACGGUUCUCAGCUAAUCCAAUGCUUAACCAUACGGCAUCGCUUUGAGGCAAGCGUGCAUGCGUGGCAGCUGUCACUCUGCUCCAAUCUGUAUCUCCUAGGGAUGAAUUAACUCAAUGCAUUUCUAUGGAGAAUGUUUGGAGUCUCCAUGCAGAGUGUGAAGAUGCCGAAUGUCGGUCCUGUGAACAUUGCAGGGCCAUACUCGAGGAAGUGGCUGCCAUUUCUCAGAAAAGGCGGUGUAUACACUGCAGAAACUACAGAGACAGUCCAUUUGCUCCAGAACCUCUGUAUCAAACUGUAGUAGUUCUAGCGCUUAGUGUAAUUUAAAAAAUCGAAAUCCAGGGACUGGAUGUGAUCUGCAGGUUAGAUUAAAAUCACUUUCUUAUACUUUAUUGGAGGGGGCGGGGCAAAAGCCCACCAUUUUUGUCUGUCUCCUUCCCGUUCUAUCAUAUUCACAGCAAAAGUAACAUAUAUUAUGGGCAGUUUCUGGGAUUUGUAGUUUAGCUGCUUGCAAUCUACAGCAAAACCUGAGAAUUGGCAAUAAAGGGCUGCUCAUGGCAAAAACUGAGUGGUGCUAUAGAAAGUCAUAUUGGGAUAGUUACACCUCCAUGCUUUACUUAGUCUUUUGAUAUAUUGUUCACUAUGAAUUAGCUAGUUAUUGACACAGCUGGCUUCCUCCGUUCUGUGCAGAUGAGGUCUGAAAGGUAAUUAAAUCACCUUUUUUAACCAUGGUAGCGCUGGCCCAGUCACCUAAACGGUGACUAAGGCACUAUAGAGUUAGGAAAACAUAUAUGUGUUUCUAACGCUAUAGCGUUCCUUUAAACCUUUUUCUUUUUCCUUUAAUUUCCAUGGCUGCACUUAUUUGCCCAUGGACAUUUCUUUUCUAAUUGCAAGAAAAUGUUUGUCAUUUGUAAGCAAGUUAUAAUUAUUUCAAUGCUGUGCUUUUGCCCUGAACCAAUAAUGUAAUUGCACAAUUUUUCUCAUCUAUGAAGAGUUACUGAUAAUAUUUGAGCAUGAAAUGGUCUGGAAAUUAUUCUUGUCCGUCAGAUUAAAUUGGAAUUGUCACCAGAAAUUUUAUCUCCAUAAAUCAGCUUUCAACACAAUUCACAUCUAAUAAUACUAAUUCAGUCCAUGUGAGCUUUGGUAGAUAAUUGUAAUUAAAGGAGCAUUUCAAGCACCAUCACAACUGCAGUGCAAUGUAGUAGUUAUGGUGCCUAGAAUACCCUAGCACCAGCCCUCCCAAUAUAAGGAGUCAAACUUUUAGAGAGGUUUAAUGUGUUUCCUGCUGGGCUCAUGUUUCCUCAUCUACUAUAACCCAUGAAACUUGCCAAGUUAUUCUUUAUACUGUUGACUGCAUGAUAAUGUUUUGAGCUUUUCGUCAGCUCUUUACGUGCCUGUCUUGUAUUAUUUGUUUGAUUCACCUACAUUAGUAUCAUGUAGCCUUUAUUAUUAUCGCAGUAUCCUUUACUUUUUUCUGAUGUUUUAAAGCAUAUAAGAAAAGAACAGAAAUAUCUCUAAUUAGAAAUGAAAGAUUGUGUUAUUUCUUUAUUUGCAUGAUUUGACUCUGCUUUGGAGCCAGAGCAUUGUAGGCACCACAACCACUACAGCUUGCUGUAGUGAUGAUGGUGCUUGGUAUCUUCCUUUAACCCAUUCCUUUAACAAAGCUUAAAUGUAAAUUUAUAACUAUUGGCAGGGAGAAACAGCAGACUAAGUGGAUACUUUUAUGCCUGUUCAUAUCUAUGUUGAUCUUCAAUAUUAUCUUUAUAACUGGAGUGGAAAACAAUCAACCAAAUUCAACAGACAUCGAGAAACAUCCUGAUGAAAUCCCCAAGACCGACUUGAUAGAGCCCCCCGAGAAUCGAUCGUGCACAGCGGUAGCGGUUCUACUUCAUUACUUUCUUCUUACAACCUUUCUUUGGACUGCAGUCUCAGCUGCCCUCAUGUAUAGGCAGCUGGUUCAAAUCAAACAUACGCUUCCAUCUCACUUAACUAUGUAUUCCAUAAUCACUGCAUGGGGUAAGGCAUUUCUAACUUCAUAAAUAUAUAAUGUGCAUUUUAUUUUUCAAAAACAAGAAUUUAUUGAUAACUGACCAGGGAAUGGCACGUUUUAGUCCAAAAAAAUAAAGCUGUAAAAAAUAGAUGAGCUGAGGAAUUUUACCAAUUCCGUUUUGGUCUAUAAUUUGCAAUUCGACAUCCACACUUAGCUGGUCAUAUGUUGCCUUCAGUUAAAAAUAUGUUUAUGAAUCUCAAAAGAGAAAAAAACCAGGGUGCAAGAGAAUACUGAGAACGGACAACAGCUCAAAUAGCUUGCCCUUCGGUGGGUCUCCGCUCAGAUCUCUCUGCACGAUAGAUAUAGCAACCCCAGACGAUCGUUUCAGCUUUUUUAGGCAGGGCCAGUGCGCCCAUAAAGUGGCACAAGUGGCCGGGGGCGCUAGAUGAGAGUGAUCGGCAGGAGGUGGACGCACAGCGGGGACGGGGGGGGGAGAAGGGCACUAAAGGACAGGGGGAAUGAACACUAUGGGACGGGGGGAAAAGAACACUAUGAGACGGGGGUGAACACUAUGGGAUGGGGGGCAAAGAACAAUAUGGGAUGGGGAGAGGGGAAAGAACACUAUGGGACAGGGGAGGAGGAGUAAGAACACUAUGGGACAGGGAAGGAGGGGUAAGAACACUAUGGGAGAGGGAGGAAAGAACACUAUGGGACAGGGGAGGGGGGAGAAAGCACACUUUAGGACAGGGAGGGAAAAACCACUACGCAUGGGGGAGGGGAAAGAACACUAUGGGACGAGGGGAAGGGGAAAGAACACUUUGCGACAGGGGAGGAGUGGUAAGAACACUAUGGGACAGGGGAUGAGGGGUAAGAACACUAUGGGACACGAAGGAGGGUUAAGAACACUAUGGACAGGUGGGGGGGGAGAAAGAACACUAUGGGACAGGUAGGGGGGGAGAAAGAAGACUAUGGGACAGGGGGGGAAGGGGAAAGAACAAAAUCAUCUUCGCCUGUGUACUCAAAAAUCAUUGCACCGGCCCUGCUCUUAGGCUUCUUCAUUGAUGUACAGCCAAUAUCCCUCUAGGCGCCUUGAGCAAGGGAUCUAGAUUACCUUUUAAACUCAGGGAGAGCAAAACAGGGUACAAGAGAAUACUGAGAAUGGACAACAGCUCAAAUAGCUUGCUCUUCGGUGCCUAGAGGGAUAUUGGCUAUACCACACUGACGAUGCCUAACAAGGUUGAAACGAUCGUCUGGGGUUGCUGUAUCUCUUGUGCAGAGAGAGCCGGUCUGCGUUUUAGAUCUGUUCUACCCUUUUGGUUGGAAUCAGUAUGAUAUGCAAAUGGCCUGGUUCUUUUUGUAAGAUGAGCUAAAACCAGCUUGAAAUCUGAGCGGGAACCCACCAAAGGGCAGGAUAUUUGAGCUGUUGCCUGUUCUCGGUAUUCUCUUGCGCCUUGUCUUAUGCUCUCCCUAUGAAUCUCAAAAUUCAUAAAGAAUGCCACCACUGCUCCUUUCCAAGGAAAAGUAUAAUGUAAAUCAAGGCAGUUUUGCAAACAGCAAAAAAUGACAUGAUGGGAUUUACCAGUGCAACACAAGCAUUUAACAUGGCAACAGCCUCUGUUGUUCUGCUGCAUUAAAAAGGGUAGUUUGCAGCCUAAAAGGUUUCUUUCAGAUGUUCCUUCAUUAAAUUCUUAGGAUGGAUAAACUCUGGGGAGAAUUGACCAUUUUAUGUUAUAAAUAUUCAAGUUUCUGGCAUAAUUUUCUCAUAUUUUUAUUUUGUUAAAGCUAUAUACAGCUUUUAGUGUGCAUUUAAGGUGAAGCGUUUUACUUAGAAGAUAUGCAUUCAUUUUACAUCAUAUUUUGCCAUUUUUAGGUUUGCCAGCAGUAUUUGUUGGCAUAACAUUUGGGGCUACUUACAGCUCUUCACCUUCACACUAUCGACAAGAAGAAUUGUAAGUAUUUCGUUUACUUGUAUUUUUAUUUGUAACUUGUAGUUUGUAAACUUUAUUAGCAAACAAAAUUUUUUGAAAACCAAAAAGGUUAAUGUUUUCAGGUAUUUCAUUGUGUGCUGUAAUUCACUAUUGUAUUGUGUUUAUAAUUUGAGAAAGGCAUUGGCUUUAUUAACCUUACCCAAUCAAGUUAUUUUUGGUUGAAAACUGGAACAUGAAACACAGAGCAAGCGUAUAAAUGUAGACAAAGACGGAUAUGUUGUGUAUAAACUCCGGAUCAGAGAUAUCUAAUAAAAUAGAAUUAUGGGAAUUUCGCCAAAUCUAAAAAAAUGUUUCCAUUUAUUUAUUCAACAUUUGCAAAAAUAUUGGGGGAGUAAAACACUUUAAUAAUGAUAUAUUAUGCCUAACCUUGCAAAAUUUCUGCACGUUCUUGGGUUUCCUCAAUCCUUAAAGAGUUCCUACCCCUAAAAUAUUUUAGUCGUCUGCCCUGGCUAAGAUAAUUUGAAUAUGUUUACCCUUCAUCAAAAUAUAUUCAUGCCUUUUUUUAAUACAACUUACUGUUUAAGUCCACUUUGUAUAUUUUGUAAAAUCCUUAUUACAAAAUAUUAUUUACAGCCAAAAAAAUAACAGUCUAAAAAUGAGGGACACAUAAAUAAUCAAAUGAGGAGGUUGCUGAUGACUUGGGUACUAUAAAUGGUAAUUAUCCAAAGGGGCCUCUUGGUAUAAAUAGCAACUAAAAUAGAUACAUCGGGUGUCAUGCCUAGCAAGCAUGAUCCAUUGUUUCACUGUACAAAGAUUGUGAAUAAAUGUUUGUGUGUUGUAUAUACAUGAGAUGAUUACCUAGUAGGGGUUGAUUACAUUAUUAGGAGGCUUAAUUUAUCCGUCCUGCAAUAUGAAAUGUGCUGUGACUGAUUGCAGCAUUGUCAGGGUUAAUUUGGUUGUAUAGGUAUGUGAUGUAUAUCAGAUUCCAACUUUGGAUGCAGAAUUUAACUCCCGGGCAGAGGACAAAGGGCAUGUAUUAUAUCUUUUUCAAGACGUACUGAAUCCACACAUAUGUGCUAUUCUCGCUUAGCAGACUUUGGAACCUUUUGAAAUGAAAAUUGACAAUUAGCAGUAAGAAGACAAUUUUAUGGCAAGAGUCAAAACCAAAAACCAAUAAUAAUCCACAGGUGGAUAAUUGUGCCUCUUGUUUUAAAAAUUCAUAAUAGCAAGAGCAUGCCCAGCAAAGCAUGACUAGUGUAACUAUUGUAAGUCGUUUGGGCGAACUGGAGGGGUGUACUAUUUUAAGUUACCAACAGGCUGUGUUAGAGGUCUCCGGAAUGGAUAUAUUGUGGUUGUUCCACAGAUAUAAAAAGUAUUUCUGUCAGGUGUACAGAACCUGAUAACAAUACGUUUGGUGUGAAAGGGCCAUAAAGUAAAAAGGGAGGUGUAGUCUUCCUUCAGUCAUGCCUUCCGACUGCCCUGCACCUCCUUGAAGAAGUGUGCACCGUGACACUAGAUGAUUGAUGAUCCAUUUGGCCAAACCACCUCGUCCACUAGUGGAAUUGUGGAAUCUCUGGAAGAAGAAGGAAAAGAUAGAUAUAUUUACUUGAAAUUUUCACUUCUUACAAUGCUGUUUUUAAAACCACCUACCAACAACUUAAUUUGAUUGGUCCCAUUCACCAUCCUGAUGUGAAAAAUUAAUGUGAAAAAUGAAGGGGAGGGGGGGGGGUGGGCAGGCAAAUCGGUAACCUGACCAGGGCCCUGUGCGACCUUAUUUGCACAGAUACCUGAGAGUACAAAUUAGGUUGGAAGACCCAGCAAGACAGUAGGAUCCUCCAUAGGUCUUGUUAUGCAUAUGAAGAAGAGCAAUCUAUAAACAAAAUAACAGUUUUGUACUUAAUUAAAAGACAAUGAUUCAUUCUACACUAUUUAUAUUUAUUCUAAAUUAACAAAAUAAUGAAGUACUUCAUAUAAACAAAUAUUGCGCAUCUAUUAAGCACUUGAGUAUACAUUAUGACACAUGCCUAAAUAGAAAAUUGUGUUCACAUAUGGAGAAAACAUAUUUGCUUUCCUUUGUUAAUACUCUCUAUUUGAAUUUCAUAAUUACAGUUAAAAUAAGGUAUUAUUUUUAAUAAAAACCCACGAAGGUUUCAUGUUUUGUGUAAAUGAUGUAAUUAUGAACAAGUACAAUGUUAAAGGAUUUAAUGACGAUUCAAUGAUUCUAAAGAACCUAGUGCUCUGUCUGACACACUAUCUAUGAUCUGCGGUGGAUGCUAUUGCUUGCAUGUACAAUUAGGUCAGGAUAUAACCUUCACGCUUGGCUGAGUUUAUUUCAGAUAGAAUUCUAGCCUUGCAGGUGCAGCAGGACAUGAUGAAAUUUGGCAGUUGCUCUGGGUGGGGUUUCUUCUACAAUGCGGAUUAUGAUCGCCCAAGAGCUGCCACUGUGACAAUAUUAGACAAUAAAAUAUGUUUAAAGCAGCAAACAAUAGAUUUUGUUAUAAUGUGACUAUGUUACAUGCUAUCUUUAUAGCACAGACAUGAUUUCAUGUAUAUAAGUAUAUAUAUAAUCCUAUAUUUCAUCACAAAAACACCUUGAUAGGUGCCUUGUCGCCAUAUGGGCAGGUAACACUCUUAAUUUAUGGGUCAAUACGUCCACAGCUGUAAUAACUUAUGACAUCAAAAUAAACCUACUGAAAGCCGUGGGCCCCCAACCCCUAACCAUACAACAUGAGAACAUAUCCCACAUAUCAAUAAUAAAAGGCAUGAUCCAUACUGUUAGCGUUAACAUAACAAUAAAAUAACCACAUAAAUAUCAACAAGUAAAGUACAAACAUCAUUUCUUAACAGAAUCCUGGUAGGGGUAUGCCCAGAUAUCUCUACACUCCCGAGGUUCUGAGCCACUGACGAGCUUGAAACCUACCAACAUAAUACCAACCGUAUAGCAAACCAUUUUGAACCAACCAACAAACUACCCUUGCUUUUUUUGAUUAACUAAAAUACCAUUUACCCCCUAAUCUUCCCCUCACCAGCCCCUCUGCUACGACAAAAUGAGGACUUACAAAUAGAACAACUCUGACCCAAGGGAGGGAGGGACCAACACAGUCUGGUGAGUAAAUUAGUAAUGAGAGAAUCUAAAAUGGCUGGCCCAUUUAUACAAGCCCUGCCCCUAACAAUAACCCCCAUAAUAACCACAAGAUCCACCUAAGCCCACCUCCUUGCCCUGCCAAGGCCUCUUUCCCUUCAGCUGUGCUUGCUCCAUGGGGCUACAUUCUGCCUCACUUAUGCCACUACUGGAAGUCCACAUUUACUGCACACUGGACUCCAUCAUUUAGGAUUGUGCACAAGUCCUGUGAUAUAUUUCCAAUUAUCUUAAUCUUUACUGAUUCCUAUGCAACUGCCCAGGUCUAAUCUGUACCUUUCUAAUAGUGCAACUGCCCAGGUCUAAUCUGUACCUUUCUAAUAGUGUAGAGUUGUAUUGCAGAUAACAGUACACCCAAUGCCUCUUUCCAGAUGAAUGGUGGUCAAUUAACAACAUUUUGUAAAUUAGUAAAAUGAAUAGCUGCAAGAAUAAAUAGAUACUUCUAGAUCUCUUUUAUACCUGCAAGUGGGAAUUAAAUAUGUAAUACAGGACUGAUAACAGAAAUGCUAAGCCAUUAGGUCAGGCUAAUCUUUAAUUAAUCUGUGGCAUCUCUCAUAAUGCUCUUACAGCCAUGAUGCUGGCAAAGCAUCAGGGGAGAUGUAGUCCACGGCAUAUGGAGUGCUGCAGGUUGCCUGCCCCUGAAAGACUAUUCAGUCAACCUGGUUUUCUUCCUGUAUACCUCUGUAUACCCUCUAGAAUGUAAGCUUAUUUGACCUUUAGCACCCUCUGUUCCUGUGCGUCCAACUUGUCUUGUUACAAAUACUUUGUCUGUAAAGAUCUAUGAAAUUUGUUGGCGCUUUAUAAAUACGCAAUACUAAUAUUACAGCAGAUGAUAUUCAAUUUUCCUGCCAUAUGUGCAUCAGCACAAGGAGUGCUGUAGGUGUGCACAAACUACCACUUCGUGGCUGGGCUAUUGUUGCUAAAGGCAUUUCCAUUUCUUUACAAUAAUAGUAUGUACAGUUUACUGAAGCAGAUCUCGCAGGGUAGAAAUUUCACAAACUGAAUUGUGGCAAAGGUGGCGUUAUAUGAAGUUUGUAUAUACAGUAUUUCCCAGUGAUGCCCUGAGAAUAAUAGAGCCCUAAUCUCUUAAUCUUUUUACUAUCCCUAACACUGACACACGUACACCAAAACACGUACACCAAAACAUGUACACCAACUUUAACCCUAAAAAUAUCAUGUAUAAUAGAUCUGCUGAAGAUUUACGUCUAUCUUCUGUCCGUACUCCCACCUCUGAUGCUCGCCUUUAAGAUUUCUCGAGGGCUGCACUGUUCCUGUGGAACUCGCUUCCCUCCUCCAUUAGAUGCUCAACCAGUCUCCACUCCUUCAAACAAUCGUUAAAAACCAACUUCUUCAUAAAAGCGUAUCAAUUAAACUGUUAAUAGUUCCUGACUGAUUCCUCUUCUGCAACUGUCAUUAGUCUAAUACUAUCCUUACCUUUUUGUGUCAUUUUAGCCCACUCCCUCUAACAUGUAAGCUCAUUGAGCAGGGCCAUCAACCCCUCUGUUCCUGUGUGUCCAACUUGUCUGGUUACAACUACAUGUCUGUUCGUCCACCCAUUGUAAAGCGCUGCGGAAUUUGAUGGCGCUCUAUAAAUAUCAUAAUAACAAUAAUAAUAACACUGAAGCCAUGAUGUCUCCUGAACUCAUUGAAAGCAUUAUUUUCCCAUGUUACCUGCUUCCUCAUUAUAAAUUCUUUCUCCAUUCAUUGAUGUCAUUCUUGACGUAUUAUUUAUGUAUCUUUUAUGUAAUAAUAUCGAUUUGUAUCUUUAACCCUAGCUGCUGGCUGGCUACUUUGAACACCGCUGGUCACUUUGACUACGGAAAACCAAUGUUUUGGUCUUUCCUCUUACCUGUGGGAAUCAUUCUUGCCAUGAACGUUUUUAUUUUUGUUGCAUUGAUGGUUAAAGUUACUUGGAAAAAAGAGGACGAGACGUUACGCAGGUGA